UACUCACUUUUGAGUAGAUCUGAACGAGCGUGUGUGCACUGAUAGUUUGUUCCCGUUCUUGCGAUUAAAAAAUCGUACAAAAACUGGUUAAAUUAUUCAGGCUAUGAAAAUUCACAGAAGUAAGCGAACAUACAACCAUGGCAGCGAAAGGAGCACAUAUUACGCAAAAUAGUAUAGAAGCUCGUCCAUCAAUAUUCGAAGUGGUAGCUGCUGAUUCUCUGAAUUCAACUUUUUAUCCCGCACUGAAAAGAAUUGCCAACUUCCUUGCUACAAUAAAACCUGGCACCUUUGGUCAUCUUAUCAGAUACUACGAUGAAGCGUAUUUGGUGUUCAAUUGGGUUGUCCAAAGUUACUACUUGCGACACAGGGGUGGAUCACUUUCGGAGGUGUUCUAUGGACUAACGCGUAUCUCAACGAGAACACAAAACCUCGAUCGCUCUGGUCAACGCUGGUCGUUGUUAUGUCUUGUAGUAGCUCCCUACCUAUAUCAUAAAUUGGAACAGCGUUUACAACAAUGGAAGGACGACUACGAGAAUGGAAGACCUGUUUCACAGAACAAACUUCUGCUGACUAAAGUGGUGCCAUAUCUCAGGACGUAUUUCGAGGGUGUUAAAUUAUUCCAAUACAUUACCUAUUUGGCUGGAAUCGGUCCUACACAUUCACCUGUACUGAGGGCACUCAACCUAACACUAACGUAUCUAGCAGAAGAGGAAGAAUCAUGGACUAUUCGAGACCUAUUCGGGGGACAGGUUAAGCUAGCUACCAUGCUGAGCACGGUCAUGCUUAGGACACUGGAACUGUCUGCGUUUUUCCUGCAAUUCAUUGAAUGGUGGCAAAACGAGGCAAACAUGGGCGAUCUAUCCAAGCUACCAGUACCGAAUGCGCCCCCCGCCGACUUCAAUAGUGAGAAAUACAAGGGGAUAUGCCCGCUCUGUUUGCAGCGAUGGUUGAUCCCAACAGCGAUUUCAAUAUCCGGGUAUGUCUACUGCUAUCGUUGCAUUGUGACAUAUUUGCAGAAAGAGAACAAAUGCCCAGUUACAAAAUAUCCUGCGACUGUUAAUGAUCUUGUGAGGAUAUUUGAUGACGAUGAUGAUGUUUGAUUGAUCGUUGGUUUGUUUUAGUAAGGUAUGAGGUGGGAAAAUAUGUUUUAUAACGGUGCGUGGAGAUUUAUUUUUAUACAAGGUAUUAUCUCUGUCGACAAAAAAAUAAAUAAAAUCCGAAAGGAAUGAAGUAAAGAAAAUCAGCAGUAAUAAAGACUGAGUACUUGGAUUACUACAGUGUAUCCAAUAACUAGGA